AUGAUCGGUAAGAAUGCAGACCUGUUUUCGGCCUUCCAAACUAGUGUGGAAGAUGCUUGGGAGGCAGAUGACGAAGAGUUUUUUUCACUAAUUUCAAAGGCAGGUAUGUGUGAUUACAUCAGUUAUUCUCAAAACCCUAAAGGAUCAAUCCGAGUUGCAGGAAAAUUGGCUCCUGGACGUGGUGUACGCCUUGAUACUAAUGCAGAAUCUUCUUUGUCACUGGCUCAGCCGACCGUAGAGCGGCGCAUCGAGCAAUUUCAGGCACUCAUAAACCUGCCACUUACUGAUUUGGGCACUCUGCGUAAGCUGUCUUGGUCCGGUAUUCCUCAAGCCCUGCGCCCCGUUACAUGGAAGCUCCUAUGUGAUUAUUUGCCUGCAUCCAAAGAAAGGCGUGUCACUACCCUUAAGAAGAAGCGCAAACAGUACAUAGACCUUAAUUCUCAGUUUUUCAAUCUUCGCAACGGUCACGAUGGCGCGGAAAUAUUCAAGCAGGUUCAAAAAGACCUGGUUCGCAUGCCAAUGCUACUGAACCGGCAAGAUAUUUUCGAGGUGCUUUAUCAAAAUUCGCUAAACCAAUCAACUGACACUUGA